GAAACCACGCAUGUUUUUAUUUUAGUUUUGAUUUUUUAAGACCCAUUUUAAAUUUUUGAGUGCACUAAAAGAAUAUCCAUGAUGAAGGUGGUCUUGAAUGUGUUGACCUUGCUCGUAGCCCUUCUCACCCGUGUGGGCGCUACGGAAGAGCCGCUAGAUGUAGUUAAGCCUGUGGAAAAUCGCAGUGUUGCUACACAAGAAGUUGCUUUGGAUAUGGCUAAAGAGCCUAGCUACGAUAUAUUCUCCGUAGAUGUGGUGUCCUUCGAUAAAAUAGCCGUUCUCUCUGUAGCACCAAAGAAGGGACACAAAUUAACCUCCGUCGUUAACGGGGAGCAGACACUUUUCAAAUGCCGUGAAGAUGACGAAAAGGACAAAAUCGACGAGGUACUCAUAAGACUUAAAUCCGACAACGACUUCAUCCUAAUCAGCUCUACAUAUGGUAUCACGUACUUCGAAAUUACCGAUGGCAAUUACAAGGAAAUUACAAAUGUUGAGGACCUUCCGUCUUACAUCAAGGAUAUUCUUCCGUUGGACCUUUCUUCCGAGAUUAUUCUUCCAAUAUGUGGUAGUCGCCGUCUCACUCCUUCUGACGACGGUUACUCGUUUGAAUGCGUCGAUGAAGAAGAUGAUGAUGAUGAUGAUGAUUCCGACUCUGAUGAUAGUGACGGCGAAGGUGCUGUUUUCGAUUUCGACUCCAACAGAGUAUAUGCUUUCACCGAGGCUGAUUAUGAUGAAAUGGUUAAACAAGCAAUGAAUCACGAAUGAAAACCUUUUUAGGCAUAGUUGAUUGCCUCCAUAUAAUGUGGGUGGCUUAAUUCGCAUGUGUUCUGCUGUUAAAAUGUUAUGUUCCCAAUGAGGAUUUACGCACGUUCUCCCUGUAAAACAUCAUAGGUUGAUGAAUGGUGUAUAAUUACUAGUCUUCUUCGUAUUUGCGAUUGUCUAUAUCACUAAUAACUAGAG